CCGCGUCCCGGAGACGGCGGCAGCGAGCGCGGCCGGGCUGCUCCUACCGCGUUCCCGCCCCGCAGCAGCCGGACAGAGCCGGCAGCAGGAGCCCCCGGGCGCAGGGGGCGGGAGGGACCCUCGCGUUUCUCGGCCCGGUGCCCCCGCGGCGUUGGCGGGGCUGGGGACACGCAGCGCCCGAGGCCGGGCUGUGCCCGCGGCGGUUCUCGCAGCCCCGGCGUUCGCAGGUAACCACGCAGUGGUGACUCUCAAAGAAUUUUCCCCUUGCUUCUCCUGAAGAAGUAAGGUCCUGAGCAAGGAUGGAGCAGUCAGCAGCGGGUGACAAGAGCAGAGCCACUGCCUCACCAUGUCCACCUCAGGCCAACCUCAUUGAGGGCUCACUCUACACACGCCGCUGCAUCACUGAGGAUCCCAGCUGGUCCCUGGUCACUGUCCCCGCCCUCACUGAGCUCUGCCUCCAGCACAUCGCUCACAAUUUCGAAAACAACCCUAUUUUGAACUAUCUUCUGCCUAAGCACCAAAAGAAGGUGGUGGACAGGCUCUCCACCAGCCUUCCCCUCACUGUGACUGCCAACAUAGUAAGCCAUGAGGACUACUGGAAGAGGUGCUGUAUGGAGCGCUGGCAAGUGUGUGAUGUCUCCAACUAUGGAGACAGCUGGAAACGGAUGUUCUUUGAACGUCACCUGGAGAACAUUCUGAAGUUUUUCAUCCCUAACGUCACAGACCCCCAGCAGGUCCUCGAGCUCAUCCCACUCUGCAAAGGCUACGUGCGGAAACUGGAGAUCGAUCAGUUCCUGCCACCUUUGCGGGUGGAUCAGCAGGAGGAGAGCAAUGACCUCUCUGACACAGAGGAGGAUGCUGAACUUGGCGAGGUCUACAUGCAUCACUAUGACCUGAGAGAUCUCAUCACUGCUCUCCCUCACCUUCAAGAGCUUCAUCUCACUUACGGUGUGAAGAGCUGUGGCAUGAAUUUUGAGUGGAGCCUCUUUAACUUCACUGAGCUGGACUGCUCCAACCUGGCUGCUGCAGUGAAGAUGUGCCGUAACUUGAAAGUUUUCAAGCUGAUACGAAGCAAAGUGGAUGAUGACAAGAUCAAGGUCCUGGCCCGUAGCUUGCAGAAUCACCCUUGCAUGUUGGAGCUGGACUUGUCCCACAAUCUCAUCAGGGACCACGGGGCACAAGCUCUUGGCAAGCUGAUCAUCCACAGCAAAUUAGAAAUCCUCAAUCUGUGUAACAACCAGGUCUGUUACCUGGGGGCUCAGGCUCUUGCUCAAGGCCUGGCUGAGAGCUCCACCUUGACCUCCCUGAAUCUGCGCCUCAACUUUGUGGAGGACAAAGGUGGGGAGGCGAUUGGCCGUGCCCUGCUGACCAACACCAGCCUGAAGUUCCUCCAUCUGGGAAGUAAUAACCUGUCGGAGCCAACCGCAGCAGUGUUCUCCCAGGUCCUGGCUCAGAACACCACUCUGACCAGCAUCAGCUUCUCGUGCAACCACCUGGGGCUGGAUGGUGGGAAGCAGCUGCUUAAAGGGCUGGCAAACAACAAGACUUUGACCGAGCUUGAUCUGCGCCACGCAGAGGUGGAGCAGGAGACUGAUUUCCUCAUCCACGAAAUUGUGUGGGCCAAUCGGGAAGCGGUGAGGCUGGGAUCCCUGCAGCACUCCACCACAGAACCCCUCUGAAUAAAGUGUUCCAGGGAGAAAUGAGCUUUGGGUGUGCAGUCUUGGAAACACUUCACUUCAGUCUUGGCUUCAUUUGCUUUUCUGUGAAACACUUAACUUGUGGCUGCCACUGCAGCCUUUCCCAGACCCCCAUCAUCCAACCUGUGACUUAACUGGAGACAGACGUUACAUCUCAAGGCACUGUAGUGGCACCACAGAGCAAUCUGCCUCUUAAGUCCUCUCUCUCACUACACCCUAAAUCUCACCUCCUGUGACGCUUGAAUAUGCUCCAGCAGCAAGCUUAGUUCAGGCAACUGAAUAUUGUUUCACCUGUAAAGCAGCUAAGAUGAAGUCUUUGCCACCUAAAUGGUCUAGUCCAGACCUAAAUUAAAGGUUUUGCUGAGGAGGAUCUGAGAGGCAUAGAGGAUUGAGGGAAUGUUGCCUCUAGUUCCUCAGCAGUUUUUUCUGGCUAUUGCUCUGCUCAAUAAUCUAUUUGUAUUUAUAGUAAAAUCUGUCUAGAGUCUGAUAUGGGUGGUGAAAAGUAAACAAAUAAAUUCAACAAAUCAAGAGGUCUCACCACCACGGUUUCCUCCUUUGGGUAGCUCUACUUUUGUUCAGUGAUAGCCUGCUUUGCAACAGGUGAAUUCUUUACAACUAGAUGCUUACCUUACUUAGUAGCACUCUUCUGUGAAAACCUGUCCAAAACAAUCUGUGUUUUGCAUAACUUCAAGCUAGAGGGGUCCCUUCAGGACUGCUGGCUCACAAGUUUGAAAACCGUGCAGUUUCCUUUUGCUCUACAGGCUGCAGUCACCUGAGGAUGGGACAAGGCACACACUUGAGUGAGUUGGUGCAUUGACCACCCUGCUCA